AUGGCUUUACGAAGCCCAAGCACCUCACACGGCAUUGUUCGAAGCCACCCCAGCGUCGCCAUUCGUCGCGGCGAUAUCAAGAUAUCGGAUCCGAUUCCCAUACCUCGAGAAGGGCCCGAUGGAUUCGGGCCACAGAGCCUCAAACGCCCUUCAGUGUCUAACCUUCGACAAAUUCGUCAAUCCCAAUCUUCCGCAACAUCAAACUCCCGACGGCAGAUCCAAGGCCCGACCAUGUCCUACCACAAUCAACAAGACUCAAUCUCGAGUUCGAUAUCUAGAGAGUCCAAUCUACAACGACGGCGGGGGAGUGCUUUGAAGACUGUUAUGCGGAAAAUAUUUGGGAGAAAGCGCGGGAGUGACGCCAAUGGAUUCGAUACCCAUUUUACAGAGUUACAUAUUGGGAGGAAUGGAAGCGUAUCGCCUGACCACGGGCCAGAAGGUGCUACAUUUGUCACAGUCCCUGAAUCUUUCCGGGCGGAUCGGUCAGCAUCAUUAAUAGCUGGGGCCGGUCAUUUUCACCAUGGCAUUGAAUCUAGCGACGGUACCCUCACGGAGAACACUGGCCGUAUCGAUAAGCAGCCACGUCCACGUCGCAGAGCCACCUUACCAAGUUUGAUACUUUCUGACGAAGAUGCCCGUGAGGUAGUCAGCACGUUUACCCGAUCAGACGGCGCGGCCGGCGGUACAGAGCAACCGUCAGAAGCAAGAAGGAUUCUUGAUGAUCUGCGGCGCAAGCAAAAACUUGAAGAUAAAAGGCGCUCGCGAAGCGCGACCGCCCUUCGGGAAAUGGCUAAGGCGCAUGAGAUGUCCCCCGUCCAGUGGAUACAGGGGAAUGAUGAGAGGAAAUCUUGGCGAACCAGUUUUCUAGGUGCGGAUGUACCUCAAGUUAUUACUUCGAGACCUCAGACGGGUGCAUCAGCAGUCGUGGAAGAGAGAGAGAUCGCGCCUUCAGAGGCCGAUGAGACUGAGCCGGAUACUGAAGCCGAGAGCGCCCACUACAACUUUGAGAACCUAAUAGGGUCAAUGCCCAAUGAUGACAGCAUCACGCUGGAACAAAGAGUGAUUACUCUGGAGGUGAAGUUGCUCGAUUUAGAAUUGGCCAUUGCGAAAUUACAAGGCAAAGACAACCGUCGGAAAAACUCGAAACCGGAUCACAAGGGCUCUUAUCCCGCCGGCCAGCUUUCCAUGUCCUAUCAGUCGGGCGGCAGCGAUGGUUCUGGCCGAAGCUCCACGUGUGGCGUUGGCGAAGGGCGGCCGGCGAGUACCAAUACACUACGUCCUAAUGUCCAGGCUCGAAGUCCAAUGUGGCAUGCGCCGUCCACUACUUCGCUCGCUGACAUGAACGGUAUCACUGUAGAGCAGUACAGUGCACUCAUCACCCUCAUCCGACGAGAACAAACGGCGCGCAGAACAUUGGAAACUCAGGUGUCUCAGCUCCAGGACGAUAUACGACAUCUGCAGCGUGUAGCUGUAGGCUCGUUGACUUCUGGGACUGCCUAUCCCAUCCCGAGCCCAGAUGCACAGGAGGUGCUUCGGUUCCGGCGCGCUAUGGGCCCUUCCAGGUCUACGACCCCUGCAGAGGAGAGGUCACCAGACCGCUACGACACGACAGCCAGCGGCUGA